CUCUUCCUCUAGGUGUUGAUUCUCCAGCUAGAGGGGCAGCUUUGCGUGCCCACUCCCCGCUUACCCCAAUCCCUUUCCCUGUACCUUGCUGCUCCUCCAUCUCACAAGGAUCCUGCCUCAGUUUCUCCAGUGAGCCCCGCCCUGUGAGGAUUCCCCUCCACCCAGUGCUGCGCGCGCAGCUCCCGUCCAGCCUCACUGAGGGGACGACUCGCAGGUAUUCCUGGACCAUGGAGACGUCCUCGCCGAGGGCGGCAGUCCUCGCUUCCGGCCGCCGAUACCUCCACCUCCCUUCCAUCCUGGACAAGAUGCCUGCACCCGGCGCACUCAUCCUCCUGGCGGCCGUCUCCGCCUCCGGCUGCCUGGCGUCCCCAGCGCACCCGGAUGGAUUCGCUCUGAGCCGAGCCCCUUUGGCUCCGCCCUACGCUGUGGUCCUCAUUUCCUGCUCCGGUCUGCUGGCCUUCAUCUUUCUCCUCAUUACCUGUCUGUGUUGCAAACGGGGUGAUGUUCGUUUCAAGGAGUUUGAGAACCCCGAAGGGGAGGACUGUUCUGGGGAGUACACUCCCCCUGCGGAGGAGACCUCAUCCUCACAGUCGCUGCCUGAUGUCUAUAUUCUGCCACUGGCAGAGGUCUCAUUGCCAAUGCCUGCCCCGCAGCCUGCGCACUCAGACAUCAGCACCCCCCUGGGCCUGAGCCGCCAGCACCUCAGCUACCUGCAGGAGAUUGGCAGCGGCUGGUUUGGGAAGGUGAUCCUGGGGGAGGUUUUCUCCGACUACACGCCAGCCCAGGUGGUGGUAAAGGAGCUCCGGGCUAGCGCAGGGCCCUUGGAGCAGCGCAAGUUCAUCUCAGAGGCCCAACCCUACAGGAGCCUGCAGCACCCCAACGUCCUCCAGUGCCUGGGCGUCUGUGUGGAGACCUUACCCUUCCUGUUGAUCAUGGAGUUCUGCCAGCUGGGGGACCUGAAGCGAUACCUCCGGGCCCAGCGGCCACCUGAAGGCAUGUCCCCUGAACUUCCCCCUCGAGACCUUCGGACACUGCAGAGGAUGGGCCUAGAGAUUGCCCGGGGCCUGGCACACCUGCACUCCCACAACUAUGUGCACAGCGACCUGGCGCUGCGCAACUGCCUGCUAACUUCAGACCUGACUGUGCGUAUCGGAGACUAUGGGCUGGCGCAUAGCAACUACAAGGAAGACUACUACUUGACACCAGAGCGCCUAUGGGUACCUCUGCGCUGGGCAGCGCCGGAGCUGCUGGGUGAGCUGCAUGGCAGCUUUGUGCUGGUGGAUCAGAGCCGUGAAAGCAACGUGUGGUCACUGGGGGUGACGCUCUGGGAGCUAUUCGAAUUCGGGGCACAGCCCUACCGUCACCUGUCGGACGAGGAGGUCCUGGCCUUCGUUGUUCGCCAGCAACAUGUCAAGCUGGCACGGCCCAGGCUCAAGCUGCCCUAUGCCGACUAUUGGUAUGACAUCCUGCAGUCCUGCUGGCGCCCACCAGCCCAGCGCCCCUCGGCCUCUGAUCUCCAGCUGCAGCUCACUUACUUGCUGUCUGAGCGGCCCCCCAGGCCCCCUCCGCCGCCACCCCCUCCCCGAGAUGGGCCCUUCCCCUGGCCCUGGCCCCCGUCCCAUAGUGCGCCCCGCCCGGGGACCCUGUCCUCGCAGUUCCCCCUUCUGGAUGGCUUCCCCGGGGCUGACCCAGAUGACGUACUCACGGUCACCGAGAGUAGCCGUGGCCUCAACCUUGAGUGCCUGUGGGAAAAGGCCCGGCGCGGGGCAGGCCGGGGUGGGGGUGCACCUCCCUGGCAGCCGGCUUCGGCACCUCCUGCUCCUCACACCAAUCCGUCCAAUCCUUUCUACGAGGCGCUGUCCACACCCAGCGUGCUGCCGGUUAUCAGCGCACGCAGUCCCUCGGUGAGCAGCGAGUAUUACAUCCGCCUGGAGGAGCAUGGUUCUCCACCAGAGCCCCUCUUCCCCAACGACUGGGACCCUUUGGACCCAGGCGUACCCGGCCCCCAGGCCCCCCAGGCUCCCUCCGAGGUCCCCCAGUUGGUGUCCGAGACCUGGGCCUCCCCCCUCUUCCCUGCGCCCCGACCCUUCCCGGCCCAGUCCUCCGGAUCAGGUGGCUUCCUGCUGAGCGGCUGGGACCCCGAGGGUCGGGGCGCAGGAGAGACCCUGGCAGGAGAUCCUGCCGAGGUGCUUGGGGAACAGGGUACCGCACCCUGGGCCGAGGAGGAGGAGGAGGAAGAGAGCUCCCCAGGCGAAGACAGCAGCAGCCUUGGAGGGGGACCCAGCCGCCGGGGACCCCUGCCCUGUCCCCUGUGCAGCCGCGAGGGUCCCUGCUCCUGCCUGCCUUUGGAGAGGGGGGAUGCCGUGGCUGGCUGGGGGGGCCACCCUGCCCUUGGUUGUCCCCACCCCCCAGAGGACGACUCUUCCCUGCGUGCGGAGCGGGGCUCCCUGGCCGACCUGCCUCUGGUCCCCCCUACCUCAGCCCCUCCCGAGUUUCUGGACCCCCUCAUGGGGGCCGCAGCGCCCCAGUACCCCGGGCGGGGGCCACCUCCCGCUCCCCCCCCUCCACCGCCACCUCCCCGGGCCUCCGCGGAGCCGGCCGCGUCCCCCGACCCCCCGUCGGCCCUGGCCAGUCCAGGCUCAGGCCUGUCGUCUCCGGGCCCCAAGCCGGGGGACAGCGGCUACGAGACCGAGACCCCUUUUUCCCCCGAGGGAGCCUUCCCAGGUGGGGGGGCGGCCGAGGAGGAAGGGGUCCCUCGGCCACGGGCUCCCCCCGAGCCACCCGACCCAGGAGCGCCCCGGCCACCCCCAGACCCGGGUCCCCUCCCACUCCCAGGGUCCCAGGAGAAGCCAACCUUUGUAGUUCAAGUGAGCACCGAGCAGCUGUUGAUGUCCCUGCGGGAGGAUGUGACAAAGAACCUCCUAGGGGACAAGGGGUCGACACCCGGGGAGACAGGACCCAGGAAGGCGGGGAGAAGCCCCGUGAACAGAGAGAAGGGCCCAGGCCCGAACAGGGACUUGACAUCCCUGGUCCCCAGGAAGAAAGUCCCCAGCUGGAGCCUUCCAGUGAACAACGGGGUGACAGUAUUGGAGAACGGGAAGCCAGGAGCCCUGGACAUGAAGGAGGAGGUGGCGGAGAAUGGCCUGGAAUCUCCCGAGAGAGGAGAGAGAGCUCUGGUGAAUGGGGAGGUGAUGUCCCCAGAGGCAGGCGAGAAGGUGCUGGCGAAUGGGGUCCUGAUGUCCCCAAAGAGCGAGGAGAAGGUAGCAGAGAACGGGGUCCUGAGGCUGCCCAGGAACACGGAGAGGCCACCAGAGACUGGACCUCGGAGAGUCCCAGGGCCCUGGGAGAAGAUGCCCGAGACUGGGGGUCCAGCUCCCGAGACCCUGCUGGAUCGAGCCCCUGCGCCCUGCGAAGCACCCUUGCCCCAGAACGGUUUGGAGAUGGCCCCUGGCCAGCUUGGCCCAGCCCCCAAGAGCGGGAACCCGGAACCCGGGACCGAGUGGAGAGUCCACGAGAGUGGGGGGGCACCGAGAGCCCUCGGGGCUGGGAAGCUGGACCUCGGGAGUGGGGGCCAAGCCCCGGGGGGCGUGGGGACGGCCCCCGCCGGCGGCCCCGCAAGCGGCGUGGACGCAAAGGCCGGAUGGGUAGACAGCUCGAGGCCACUGCCCCCUCCGCCACAGCCUCUGGGGGGCCAACAGAGGAGGCCGGAGCCAGUGCCCCUGAAAGCCAGGCCGGAAGUGGCCCCCGGGGAAGAGCCAGGGGUCCCAGACAACAGGCUCGGCGGAGACACGGCCCCCAGCGUAGACGAGGACCCCCCCAAGCCGGAGAGGAAGGGCCCCGAGAUGCCACGCUUGUUCUUGGACUUGGGACCCCCUCAGGGGAACAGCGAGCAGAUCAAAGCCAAACUCUCCCGGCUCUCGCUGGCACUCCCACCGCUCACGCUCACGCCGUUCCCGGGCCCGGGCCCGCGGCGGCCACCUUGGGAGGGCGCGGACGCAGGGGCGGCUGGCGGGGAGGCCGGCGGGGCGGGGGCGCCGGGGCCAGCGGAGGAGGACGGGGAGGACGAGGACGAGGAGGACGAGGACGAGGAGGCAGCGGGCUCUCGGGGCCCCGGGAGGACGCGGGAAGCCCCAGUGCCCGUCGUGGUGAGCAGCGCCGACGCGGACACGGCCCGCCCGCUGCGGGGGCUGCUCAAGUCACCACGCGCGGCCGACGAGCCAGAGGACAGCGAGCUGGAGAGGAAGCGCAAGAUGGUCUCCUUCCACGGGGACGUGACCGUCUACCUCUUCGACCAGGAGACUCCAACCAACGAGUUGAGCGUUCAGGGCACCCCCGAGGGGGACACGGAGCCAUCAACGCCCCCAGCGCCCCCGACGCCUCCCCACCCCACCACCCCAGGAGAUGGGUUUCCCAGCAACGACAGCGGCUUUGGCGGCAGUUUCGAGUGGGCGGAGGAUUUCCCCCUCCUCCCCCCGCCAGGGCCCCCCCUGUGCUUCUCCCGCUUCUCCGUCUCACCUGCGCUGGAGACCCCGGGGCCUCCCACCCGGGCUCCAGACGCCCGGUCCGCAGGCCCCGUGGAGAACUGACUCCCCAAAGACCCAGCCCCUUUGCGCCCCAAGAAGAGGGUUUGCGAGCAGAAUCUUGUGUGGACGAUGGAGCCAUUGCCCCUGACACUGACACAGCCUCUGGGGAGGCGCCUGAGGCUGGGCCCUCCCUUUCCUCCUCCUCCACCAUGUGCCAAACAGGAGGCCCAGGCCCUCCACUCCCACCCAGCCCCCCAGAUGGGUCCCCUGGUCCCCCUGACUCCCUUGGAGCCACAUGAGGCAGGAAGCCCCAUCGCUGGACAACCACACUUCUUGGAACUGAACUGAACUCUUUUGGGCCUGGAGCCCCUGGCACAGCAGAGGUCCUUCCUGACCCACUCCUGGCCUCAUGAGGGCCACUGGCUUCAGGAACCUGGGCCACCAUCUUGCGUCUCCCCUUCCCCCAAGCCUGGCCCCCAGUGGGGCCUCUGAUUCAAACCUUCGCGUGACAUUUUCACAUUAUUUAAAAAAGACAAAAAACUUUUUGGAGGAAAACGGGGCCUG